AUGGGCGUCACGUCCGCCCCGCUCAAAUCGCCCGUGGGCUCACCUGCGGUGCCCUACGAGUCCGUCCAGACCAUGUGGGACGCUCGUCCGCGCAAGUACAAGAGCAUUCUAUUCCAGGUCUGCAUCUUCAUCCUCAUGAUGGAGCUGGCCGAGCGUCUCAGCUACUUCGGCAUCAACCAAGGCCUCAAGAACUUCAUGCAGAAAAUUGGCUGGAGCUUGGUCUCCGCCAGUGCAUUGAAGAGCACCUGGACGUCGAUCUGUUACUUGACCCCGCUGUUCGGCGCUUACCUGGCUGAUGAGCGAUGGGGCCGCUUCCGCACGAUUUUGACGUUUGGUAUCUGGUACUGCGUCGGUGACUUCCUCGUCGCUAUCGCUGCAUACCCGACGAUCAUGGCCAACUCGGCCGUCGUGAACCCGAUCUUCAUCAUCGGAUUGUUUGCCGGCAUUGGAAUUGGUACGGGCUGUAUCAAGUCGAGCGUGAUCACACUUGGUGCCGACCAGUUCAACCCUCAUGAUCCGAGCGAGGUCCACCAGAAGGAGACGUACUUCUCGUACUUCUACUUCUGCAUCAACGUUGGCUCAGGUGUCUCCUAUGGUUAUCUGUCGAUCCUGUGUGUGGACGGCUCGGCCCAGAUCCCUGCGGAGUACGGUUACUUCGCCACGUACAUGAUCUGCGCCGUGGUGAUGGCGUUCGCUGUCGUCAUGCUGUGCGUCGGCUACCCUCGCUACGUGUUCCAGCCGCCGAACGACCGCUCCAUCUCGAUGCUGUGCAGACUCGUGUGGGGUUCGUCCUUCUCCUCAGCAUGUGCAGCUUCUUGGGAGCGCUGGUCGUCAACCUUCUCCGCUUCGCACGGAAACAUCGGCAACAUUCUGUCGUAUAUUGCUGCGGUGCUGGUGCUGGCUGGUGUGGUCUGCUGGGUGUACAUCGGACAGAACCAGUCGUUCCUUGAUUCCUCCAAGGUCAGCCAGGGCGGGGCUUUCGAUGACGAGCGCGUUGAAGGAUACAAGAAACUCGUGGGCGUGUUGCCGUAUUCGGCCUUCACAAUCAUUUGGAACUGCGCCUACGACCAGACCGACGCCAACUUCCAGUCCAUUACCCAGCAGUGCGACCUUCGCCUCGACACGAGUGACCCGAAGAGCUCACAGAUCCCUGGUGCCAUGUUGGGAGUCUUCGACCCGAUCGUGAUCGUCAUCUGCAUCCCCAUUUUGGACUCGAUCGUCUACCCGGCGUACACCAAGUGGGCCGGCAAGUCCCCCAGUCAGUUCGGCAAGGCUGCAACUGGCCUCGCCAUUGCCAUCGUCGGCAUCUUCUGGGCCGGCAUCUUCGAGGUCAUCCGUCGCAACGCUGGCGCUCUGCAGGAUGAGAACGGGGACCCCAUUUUGGAUGGUGGUAGUUCUCAACCUAUGAACGACAUCUCGUGGGGUGCUGCGGUGCCUAACUACGUCUUCAUUGGCUUGGCUGAGUGUCUGAUCAACGUCACGUCCUACGACCUCGUGUACUCUUCGGUGCCGAUGUCGCUCAAGUCCAUGGCCCAGGCCGUGAUCCUGUUCAUGAGCUCCAUGGGCAGCAUCCUCACCUCGGUCUUCACCAUCAUGUUCUCCAAGUCGCUUCCGUCCGACAACCUGAACGAGGACCACCUCGAGAACAUGUUCUUCACCAUGGGAGCAGUUAGCGCCAUCAACUUCGUGUGCUUCGUGGUCGUCAUGAGGAGGAUGAACAUGGGCAUGUCCUCUUCGCCGGUGCUGGACACCAUGGGCAACGAGCUUCCCGGCCUCCUGGACGAGAAACUGUCGGUGAGCUCGCGCCAAAGUGUCGCCACCACCAAGUAA